UCAUUCGGUAGAAACCUCUUGUCAACACGAGAUGGUCGUAUCGAUGCGUAAUAUAAUUUCGUGUAAUCAGAGCCAUCGGUGCUUAUAGUCAGUCCCCUUUGUUACAUUUUGUUGUUAUACAAGUCGCCUUCUGCACCAGUGUGUGUAAAGGCCUGACUUUCGCGAGUACUCUGCAUCUUUUUGCAAAAACUACGUCGUCAAAGUAUCUGUGAUUUUAAUUUUAGAAAUAAAAAUGAAGACUAUCCUGCUUGCUGUCGCUUCUCUCCUGGCGGUGUGCGCCCCUGCAUUGGCUACACAAUGCAGCGUCAACCCCGUGACCAUCCCGAAGGAAUGGAUCACGAUGCACCGGCCCUGCCGCGACUCCAUGCGCCGCCAGAUCCAGAUGGAGGUGGCUGCGUCCCUGCAGUACCUUGCCAUGGGCGCUCACUUCUCUAAGGAUACUGUCAACCGGCCAGGUUUUGCCAAGCUAUUCUUCGACGCCGGCUCAGAAGAGCGUGAGCACGCAAUGAAGCUCAUCGAGUACAUGCUGAUGCGAGGAGAGCUCACCUCUGACGUCACCUCACUAAUCACCAUCAGGCCUCCCGAACGCAACCAGUGGGCCAACGGCGUGGAAGCUUUGGAACACGCCGUGAAGAUGGAGAGUGACGUCACCAAGAGCAUCCGCACCGUCAUCCACGCCUGCGAGGACGACAGCGAGUUCAACGACUACCACCUUGUCGACUACUUGACUGGCGAGUUCUUGGAAGAACAAUACAAGGGCCAGCGCGACCUCGCCGGAAAAGCAUCCACCCUCAAGAAGAUGCUGGAACGCCACCCAUCGCUCGGCGAGUUUAUCUUCGACAAGAAACUCCUCGGCAUGGACGUCUAAACGCCUGUGCCAGUCACAAAAAAAAAACAAAAAGUCAUUUCCAGUACAAAAUUCCCGCGUUUUCGACUUUUCAAAUUCAGCCAUCUUGUCGAAGUUUUUAGGUAUGGCGGGAUUCAUAAAA